ACUUCUAAAACCCUAACACCAGACGUCUCUCCCUCUCUCUCUCUCUCUGCGAUGUCUUACGACGACGUAGAGAUCGAAGACAUGGAAUGGAACGAAGAGCUCCAGGCGUUCACCUACCCAUGCCCUUGCGGAGAUCUCUUCCAGAUUACCAGAUCCGAUCUCCAGCUCGGAGAAGAGAUCGCCAGAUGCCCCAGCUGCUCUCUCUACAUUACCGUCAUCUACAAUCAAGAAGAUUUCACAAAGGAUAAAGAUACCAAGAAUCUCAAUCGGCCCAACCCUCAUCAGACGGUCGCCGUCGCUUGAAAUUCAGAUUAAAAAAAAAAAAAAAUCAGGUUUUGAGAUUUUUAGGGUUUUGUCUUCUUUUUUUUUUUCAUUCCCUUACAUUCCCUUUUAUAGUUAUAUCACGUGUCUGAGAUGUAACGGUUUAGAUGAUGACCCGAUGCUGGUAUAUGCGUGUUUUCAGUUCUGACCAGUGGGGCCCACUGUUCGGUAAUCCGGACCGUUGGUCUGUUGUCCCACCACGGAUGGAUCACUCCCAAAAAAUCUUUUCCAUAGGACUAGUAGUAGAGAUUAAGAAGAGAAAUAUAUUGAAGGUCGACGUUCAACCGAAAAAGUUCAAAUCUUGGUUUGUAGUAUCUUCCAAUAUGGUAGUUUUUUUGGGCAUGGCCCAUAAGUAGUUGGACAGAAUGGGAAGUUUUGCGUGUUUUUAGUUUCGAUCAGUGGGGUCCAGUUUUCCGUAAUCUGGACCUUUCAUCUGUCUCGCACCAAAAUGGAUGGAUCAUUCCCAAAAAAAUUGUUUCCAUAGGACUAGAAGUAGAUGGUUAAGAAGAGUGAUAUAUAGAAGGUCGGCAUUCAACUGAAAGAAGUCCAAAUAUCGGCUUUUAGGAUCUUCCUAUAUGGUAGAUUUUUUGGGCAUGGCCCAUCAAACGGUUGGAUUGAGAACAGGAUUCGAACUUGUAGCUAAACGGUAGACAGGGCACUUCAUGACAGAUCAAAAAAAAAAAAAAAAAAACUGUGGGACACAAUGGAACGAUGGUCUCGAUUAUGAAAGUGUGGCCCCCAUAUGUCGGAAUUGAAAACCUGCAUAUACCAAGCAAAGCCGUUGCUUACAUGUCUGGAAAUUCAUGGCAAUAAACAAUGUAUUGUUGUAGUAACUUCAUGGUCUGCAUAUUCUUGAA